CCAGGAAAAUGUUAAGCUGCUGGGAAACUUUCUGCGUCCUGGUAUUUCCAGUCUCGUCCUAUUUCUUUCACAUUGUCGCAUAGCUCCUGUUCCCUGCUCUCACCUCUUAUUUUAUUUAUUUUUAGACGUUUCAGGGUUGGUUUAAUUGAAAUUCUCCUUUUUUUAUGCUGUAUACGAGCUGAGUUGUUUACUAGCAUCCUACACUGUGUGACACUGUGACUGCACAGUUUCAUCAUUUUUGCCCAUAAGGAAGGCGACUCUGGAAACUGCUCGAGACUUUCUAUUGGAGCAAGAUGUCCUCAAUGUAUAACCGAUCUAAGGAUUUCCCCAGGUCGCGGAUGUCCCAGUCGGAUUCUCCACCUUCCUCUCCUUCUCCGACAGCAAAGACGUUACGUCAUGAGAGAUUAGCAAGGUUGGAUUCUGGAAGUUCUAGCCUUGCUUCAGCAGACAGCAACAGUGACCGCGCUGUACGAGUGAGUGCCCAUACUCGACGGGAAAAUCGCUUGGCAUCACUUGGGAGUAAGACUGAGGAAGAAAAUUCUAAAGAUUUCAAAAAGCUGUACGAGAGUGCUUUCAGUGAAAAUGAGAAGCUCAAAAGCAACCUUCGAGAGGCACAAUUGGAGCUUGCCAAUAUUAAGUCCAAGCUGGAAAGAGCUGCGAAGAAACAGGACCAGUCAUCAAGUCAGGCCGGGUUGCUUGAGGCUGAAAAGAGAGAGAAGAGAGUUUUGGAGCGCAGAAUGUCUGAUAUGGAGGAUGAUCUCAAGGUUCUCUCGGACUUGAAAUCUGACAACCAGCGUCUGAAGGAUGAAAAUGGAGCUUUGAUUAGAGUGAUAAGCAAACUUUCCAAAUGACCUUCUGAAUUACUAAAGUGGAAUACUGUAGCUAAGCAAACAAGUUGUAACCAUUCAUUAAGACAUAUUUUUACACUGAUGACUGAGGUGCCACCACAAAAUUGACACUUGAUGCUUUUUUAAUAUAUAGUAACAUAGUAACAUAGUAAUUGAGGUUGAAUAGAGGCAAAAUGCCCAUUGUGUUCAACCUGUAUUCUGUAUUAAGUUGAGUUGAUUAUAAUGUACCUGCUGAAGUAAUGUUUUAUGACUAGUUAACAACUAUAAAUCAUGUUACACCCGGAUUAUCAACGUCAGUAUUUUAUAUGUUAUAACCUUGGAUAUAAUUUUCAAUCAGAAAUGUAUCCAAUUCUUUUUUUAAAUGCAUUUACAGAGUCCACCAUUACCACCUUCCCUGGCAGGGAAUUCUAAAUCCUUAUUACCCUGACUGUGAAGAACCCUUUCCUCAGUUGCUUACAGAAUUUUCUCUCCUCCAGCCUCAGCGAUUGCCCACGUGUCCUAAACAGAGUUCUUUUAAUAAAUAAUUCCUCUGAUAACUCUUUGUAAUGCCACUUUACAUAUUUGAAGAUAUUAAUAAUGUCUCCUCUUAGACGCCUCUUUUCCAGUGUAUACAUAUUCAACCUAAUAAGCCUUUCCUCGUAUUCCACUCCCUCUAGCCCUUUAAUCAAUUUAGUAGCUCGUCUUUGAACCCUUUCGAGUUCACUGAUGUCUUUUUUAUACAGUGGUGCCCAAAACUGAACACAAUAUUCCAGGUGCGGACGUACAGCGGCAGGAUUACAUCCUUGUCCCUUGUCUUAAUUCCCCGUUUUAUGGGGGUCAUUCCGAGUUGAUCGCUAGCUGCCGUUGUUCGCAGCGCAGCGAUCAGGCUAAAAAUUGUCACUUCUGCGCAUGCGUAUGGUGCGCCCGCACGACGUACUUUAACAAAAGCCAAUGCAGUUUUCACAAGCUCGAGCGAUGCUUUUCAGUCGCAUUGCUGAUCGUUGAGUGAUUGACAGGAAGUGGGUGUUUCAGGGUGGUAACUGACCGUUUUCGGGGAGUGUGUGUAAAAAUGCAGGCAUGCCAGAUAAAAACGCAGGAGUGGCUGGGGAAAUGGCGGAGUGGCUGGCCGAACGCAGGGCGUGUUUGUGACAUCAAAACAGGAACUAAAUAGUCUGAAGUGAUCGCAAGGUAGGAGUAGGUCUGCAGCUACUCUGAAACUGCACAAUUUUUUUUGUAGCAGCGCUGCGAUCCUUUCGUUUGCAAUUCUGCUAAGCUAAGAUACACUCCCAGAGGGCGUAAGCUUAGCAUUUGCACAGCUGCUAAAAGCAGCUAGCGAGCAAACAACUCGGAAUGAGGGCCAAUGCACGGUAGCACCUUACUUGCCUUCUUUACUGCGCUUUGACAUUGUAUACGGUUAUUAAGCCUAUUAUCAAUGAGUACCCCCAAAUCUUUUUCCAAUACUGUUACCCCUAGACUUUCCUCAUUUAAUAUGUAGGGUGCACGUUUGUUUUUAGUCCUGAAAUGCAUAACCUUGCAUUUUUCUAUACUGAACCUCAUUCUCCAUUUAAACACCCAGAUUUCAAGUUUAGAUAAGUCAUUCUGCAAAGACUCCACAUCUAUUUCCGAAUUAAUUACCCUACACAGUUUAGUAUUAUCUGCAAAGAUUGACACUGUGCUUUCCAGGCCUAUAUCUAGGUCAUUGAUAAAUAUGUUGAACAGUAGUGGCCCGAGUACGGAUCCUUGUGGUAUUCCGCUGACUACUGGUGUCCAGCUUGAGGACUUCCCGUUGACCACUACUCGCUGUACCCUGUUAUCCAGCCAGUUACUUAUCCAUGUACAAACACUUUUCCUAGGCCAAGCUCUUUAAUUUGAUGAUCAGUCUCCCGUGAGGCACUGUAUCGAAGGCUUUUGCAAAAUCUAAGUAUACCACAUCCACUGCUUUUCCCUGGUCAAGAUUGUCGCUCACUUCCUCAUAGAAGCUAACGAAGUUUGUUUGACAUGAUUUGUCCAUCACAAACCCAUGCUGGUUCUUGCUAAUAAUCUUAGCGGUCUGCAGAUACUCCUGUAUGCUAUCCCUUAGAAUUCCUUCCAAUAUUUUCCCCACUAUAGAUGUCAAACUAACCGGUCUGUAGUUACCUGAAUGAUUUUUGGAUCCCUUUUUAAAUAAUGGCACUACCUUAGCUAUAUGCCAAUCCUUUGGUACCAUGCCUGAUCUAAUUGAACUAUUGAAAAUCAAGUAUAGGGGUGUUGCUAGUUGUGACCUAAGCUCCAUAAGAACCCUCGGAUGAAGUCUAUUAGGGCCAGGUGAUUUAUUAAUCUUAAUUUUGCUUAGUCUCUCCUGGACUACUUCUUCACUUAAACAAGUAUUUAACCAUGAAUCAUUACUGUCACUAUCAUUAUGCACUACUCCCACCAUCAGUUCUUCUCUGGUGAAACUGAUGAAAAAAAUGUGUUCAGUAUUUCCGCUUUUAUUUCGUCAUCAUUUAUCAAUACUCCAAAUUCAUCUUUUAUUGGACCUAUAUUCUCUUUUUUUAACCUUUUACUGUUUAUGUAUUUAAAAAACUUUUUAGGAUUGGUUUCACUCUCUAUAGUGAUUUGCUUUUUGUUUUCAAUUUCAGCUGCUCUUAUUGCUAUUUUGCUCUUUUGUUGCAUUCCUUGUAGUACUGGAGUGACUCCCCCUUUCCCUUAGAUUUAAAUGCUUUGAAAGCACGCUUCAUUUUAUCCAUUUCUGCCUUGACCUUCUUGUUAAGCCACAUUGGUUUGGGUUUGGUACUCCUGCAUUUACUGCCCAUGGGAAUAAAUUUGUGAAUAUUUGUAUCUAGCAACCCUUUUAAAACAUCCCACAUUUCUGAAGUGUUCUUGUUAUGAAACAAAACUUCCCACUCAAUGUAAUUUAAUGCACAUCUCAGCAUACUGAAAUCAGCCUUCCUAAAGUUAAAUGUUUUGGUUGAACCCUUAUAGCUAUGUUUCCUGAACCUGAUGUCAAAUGUGAUCAUAUAAUGAUUACUGUUACCCAAAGUCUCCCCAACUUUCGUGUUUGAUAUAAUGUCCACAUUAUUAGUAAUUACUAGAUCCAGAGUAGUUUUACCCCUAGUUGGGUCCCCGACUAAUUGAGACAAGUAGUGACCCUUUAACACAUGAAUCGUUACUCCAAUUUAUAUCAGAAUAAUUAAAAUCCCCAAACACUAGGAUGUCCCCCAAUCCCGCAGCCCUUUUGAUUUGCUGCAAGAGUUGUCCUUCUUCAUGUAUGCUAAUAUCCGGCUGUUUGUAGCACGUGCCUAUGACUAGUUUUUUUGCGUCGAUACCCCCACUUGAGAUUUCAACCCAUAGUGACUCCACAUUAUCGUCAGUCCCCUCAUAAAUAACCUCCUUUAAGUAUGGUUUAAGAGAUGGUUUAACAAAGACAUACACCUCCUCCUCUUUUGCUUGCCCUGUCCCUCCUGAAAAGAGAAUACCCCUCCGAGUUUGCAACCCAGUUGUGAGAGUCGUCCCACCAUGUUUCCGUAAUACCUAUAAUAUCAUACUUGGCCUUUGAUGCUAACAAUUCCAAUUCCCCCAUUUUACCUGCUAGGCUUCUUGCGUUUGCAAGCAUACAUUUUAGUUUAGCGGUUCCCUUGUCCAUUUGUUUUUUUAAAGGUAUCCUAUCAUGGUUUACUGGUGCGUCCCUAGAGUUACUCUUACUGACUGUCCUUCUCACUCCCUCUCCACCCCCACCAUACUUAAUAUUGCCCACCUUACUCUUCUCUUUGAUCAACCCAAUGUUUCCGUCUAAACUCUCUGCCCUGACAUAAGUAUUUUCCCUUAUGCUACGUACAUCAUUUUCUAUAUGCUGUAAUGAUGACACAUAAUUGUUGUUAAUGUUUUGGCAAUACAUUUGUUAAUACCCUUUUUAGAACCCAUGUAAAUACCCUUGCCGGCUGCUCUUUCCCUCCCCCCUUCUCCGCCCCCAUUUAGCUCACUACCACCAUCACUACUAGUCUCACUGCAUGACCCAUAGUUUCUAGCUAAACCCUCACCCCAGGCUCCUAGUUUAAAAGCUCCUCCAACUACUAACCAUCCUUUCCCCCAGCACCGCAGCCCCCUCCUCAUUCAGGUGCAAUCCAUCGCGACAAAAAAGAUGGUGUCUGACUGAGAAGUUUGCUCAGUGUUCCAGGAACACAAACCUCUCCUUCCUACACUAGUCUCUAAGCCACACAUUUACCUCCCUGAACUCCCUCUGCCUCCCUGGGCUAGUGCGUGGCACUGGUAAUAUUUCUGAGAAUAUUACCUUAGAUGUCCUUUCUUUUAGUUUCUGGCCUAAGUCCCUAUAAUCUUUCUUAAGGCCAUCCCACCUACCACCUACCAUGCACCAAGACCACCGAGUCGUUCUCAGCCCCUCCCAACAACCUAUCUACUCCAUCCGCGAUGUGCCGUACCUGAGCACCCGGGAGACAACAGACCAUAGGGCGAUCACAAUCCCGGUAGCAGAUUGCUCUGUCUGCCUUCCUGAUGAUAGAGUCCUCUACCACCACCAUCUGCCUGGGCGCCUCUCUAACUUUCAUCCCAUCUGAGCCAGAGGGACCACUCCUCCAGUUGCUAGAGGGAACAGUCUCCUCCGGUUCUGUCAUUUUCUCGUUAUCAUCCACUGAAUCAUCGUCCAAUUGUCCAAAUUUGUUCGGGUUUGAAAGUUCAGAGAUGUUGUGCCUCCCCUUCUUUUUCUUCCUUCUAACAGUGACCCAGCUGGCUACCUGAUUAUCCUCGUCUACCGGUGUCCCCCCUGCAACUUCUCCACCAUCUAAACUUUGCUCGAGAUUAUGAAUAUCUCUCAGUCGCGUAACGGUUUGCUCUAGAUCAGUUACCUGGGCUUCCAGGGCAACCGUUCGCACGCAUCUUGUGCAUAUGUAUUCGCACUGGGUUGGCUGCUCCAGGUGUGCAUACAUCUUGCACGACGCACUGAGUGAGAUUCUCAAUCAUGGCCCCUCCCAUUUGUUUGAAAACUGUAACUCCCUAUUACCUUCCGAAGAACAAUGCAAAAGAAUACAAAACUAUGCAAUACGAUAUUGACUAUGACCUAGCUGUGAUGAGAAUCUAUAUUCACAACACAGCAGAAAUAGCCAAUUCAAUCACAUACACAAUAAAGUAGAUAAUCAAUACUUAUCUGAGUUGGUCCUCUCCUGCGUCACCGAUACUCCUCCUUGCAGUUGUUCCAACGCUCUGCACCUCCUUCUCGCUUGCUGCCGUGCACCCGGCUUCCGGCACCUGCUUCGUCCACAGGUCGCAGUCCUCUCUCACACAGGCUGUGACUGCAGCACCGCACACUCACCCAGCAGCAGAAGCCCUCACACCCUUUCUCUCCACUAGCAGCACACCCUCACUCACUCUCACCCUGCAGCCGCAGAAGCACUCGCACGCUUUCUCACCCCAGCAGCGCACACUCACUCACCCAGCAGAAGCAGCCCUCACACUUCCCUCUUUCACACACUUACUUGCUCACUCAGUCACUUCACUAGCUAUGGUAGCAGCAACGGCCCGGUAGUGGUAGGGAUCUUGCACUCACUCACUCACUCACUCACUCUCACUCCCACACACACAGCAGCGGCAGCACAUACAGAGCAGCAGGAGCACACACAGCAGCGGCAGCAGCAGCGAACCUCUUGCUGCCCGCUCCGCUGUACGCAGCCCAGCGCCGCUUCCCGACUCCAGGCCUCCUCCCGCACGUGCGUGCUCACUUCCGCUUCCGGUCCCCGGAUCUCCGUCAGUGUGUCACUCCUCCUCCUGUCAGCGUGUCACUCCUCCUCCAAUGUGAGUCUCCUCCUCCAAAGUGAGCCCCUUGUCCAAGUGCAUAUAUUUAAAGAAAAAUUGAUUUAUUAUUAAAAAGGAAUAUUGUGUAAUAACACCAAUCUGAGACCUGCAAUGCAGUACUAAAAAUAUAGAUUUUUUUUUUCCAUAUAUAGACUGUUACAAUCAGUGGUAGCUCCUAUCUGCUAUCUUGAGUGGGACUGCCAGCACCUCCCGCUGCUCUGCCGCACCUCCCACCACUCUUCCUGACACAUUGUAACACCAUGAGGGAAAGGGGAAUAAAGAAAAAAAAAAACAUGCUUGCUCAUGCGCAAAAGCUGCAGUCAGUGUAGUAGAAGAAGGAAAAAAACACUACAAACUUGUGCAUGCACACUGAUUUCUAGGGGCUAGAUUGGCUGCAGCCCCUAGAACAGGCAUUCUCAACCUCGGUUCUCAAGGCACACUAACAGUGCAGGUUUUAGUGAAACCCAUGCUUGAGCACAGGUGACUUAAUUAGUACCUCAGUUAUGUUGAUUUAACUAUCUGUGCUGAAGCCUGGAUAUCACUUAAACCUGCAUUUUUUGUGUGCCUUGAAGACUGAGGUUGGGAAUUCCUGCCCUAGAAGCACAUUAUGGCUGGCAUGCGAACUUGUGCAUGUGCACCCCAAUCCCCCUUCUUCUCUGCUCAGAGCUGAAUUAAGGCUUGGGGGCCAUGGGCACUUUACAACAGGGGAACCUAAAGUCUUCCCCACUAAUUUAACCAAUUAGCUUGCAAAUAUAUAUAUAUAUAUAUAUAUAUACCGUAUAUACUCGAGUAUAAGCCGACUUUUUCAGCACUUUUUUUUGUGCUGAUAAAGCCCCGUCGGCUUAUACUCGAGUCAGUGCUGGCAGUGCAGUGCAGUGGGAAGG